CCAAGUGCUCUUCCCUGCAUGCCUUUUUACAUUCACGUUAAAUUUGAUCGGAUAUUAGACACACAGAAGUCCUUGUCUUUUACUACUGUUGAGGGAUUUCUGGUUUUAUUUGAGACAGUUUGAUGAGCUGGGUCCAUGGACCCCCAACAGUCUGCCCUCCCACUGCAGCUGCAUGGCAACACUUUUGCUAUGAGCUCUGGACAAGUGCCAAAACUAAGCGCGGGAUACAAUGAAGGAGGAGGAGGUGGUGGUGAUGGAGGAGGCCAAGAAGCAGAACUUAAUCAGCAAAACAUGACCUCCUCUGCUCAUGUCAGUUCCAGGUUGAACCCAGAUGAACAGUUUCAGUGCCCACUGGAGCCUCUGGUUCACUGCCGUGCCAAGGGCGAGCUGGACGUCAAGAGCAGGAGCUGCAGUCUACUCACCAUCUGCCGCUCAGGAGUAAUUUUUCCCUGGAUGAAUCCACGGACAACUGACUCAGAACAAUCUGUCAGUGGCGGUGUGCAGGCUGGUCACGUGGGAGGAGGCGGAGGCAGGCACAGUGUCAGAAGGGAGAGAACAGCCUUCACUAACAGCCAGCUGCUGGAGCUGGAGAAGGAGUUCCACUUCAGCCCUUACCUGUGCCGCCCUCGGAGGCUGGAGAUGGCGGCAGGGCUGCAGCUCACCGAUCGCCAGAUCAAGAUCUGGUUUCAGAACCGCAGGAUGAGGUACAAAAAGGAGCACAAGCAUGGGAAAUUGGUGAAUCCGUCCCGGUGGUCUCCUUGCAACCCCUCCUCCAGCUCAAGCUCAUGUGCAGACCACUGGAGGCUCCCAGGUGCUUUUGUUGUCAGAACUUCCCCCUCCUCUGAUGUGCACUUCAUGGAUUAUGCUCCUAUGUCUUCCUCUCCUUUUGAUUCUCCUUGUCAGGCCAGCAGUGGUCAGUGUAUCCACCCUGCAGAGCUGCCCCAUCUGAACUGCAUACUUCCAUCUGUUGCAAAUGGUCUGCCACCCUCCUGUACAGGCACAGAUAGUCAUCACCAUGCUGGCAUUUCAAACUGGUCCUAGGGCCCCUUAAUGGUUAUUCCUCCUUUGCUCAUCAAAAUCUCAAUGAUAGGUCUACUUUCACUUACUUAUGAAAGACUGGAUGUCUGAUUAGCAUCCCCAGGUUUAAACCCCCUCAGCACACACUUUCACCAUUCAUGAAACAUUUUAAUUAAACUAUUCAAACGUAUCUUAAUUGAAGGAGAGCUACAGUGAUAUCACUUGUGGUGACUGGGGACUGCAGGUCUUCAAACCUGCUGCUCAUCUUGUAUGCACACAGCAUGUACAAAACAUUUGGGCAAUUAAUAAUUACAUGUUUUUUUGCUGUAACUCUGUUGCUGUUACAUUUGUAUUGUGGUUGCAUGUUUUAUGCAUGUGGGAAUCAAACUGUGAGUGAGUUUUCUAUUUCCCUCGGUUGUCAAAUAAUAGCUAAAUGGUCGUCAUAUUUUGUAAGUGUCACAUUAGGCCUCUUUUUCAUUACGUAUUGUAAAUAGCAGGUCAUUUGUGUAAAACGUUUUAAUGUGAAAUGGGCAGAAUAAUGUUCAUAUUGAAUGAUGUUAUAUUUUUGUUAAAGCCAUUAAAAGGAUACUGCAAGUCUUUGAUACUGUUCUUGAUUAAUUGAGAUGUCAUAUACUGUACAUGCUUAAUAAAUACA